GAAAGACUUGUAUGAGGUUUACAUAAAUCAUUGUUGUCGAGGCGAGAUGUGAAUAAAACACGCGGGGAACGAGUCACCAGUCCAGAGAGAGCGCAGCAGCAGCGUCAGCUCCGGGGCAGUGUGUUUCAGUGGGUGGUAGUGGCAUCAUGCCACGUCCGUGCGUGUCACACUCCAGUUCCUCUAGCCAGAGUUCCUCAAGCGAGCAGUCCUCCACCACUACCACUGUUGCUGCUGCCAGCACUUGUCCUCCUCCUGGCUUCCCAAAGUGCCUUCCCGCAAGGGGUGGUGACUCCUGCAGGGAUGUCGACGACCGGAGGAGCUCUCCAGAGGCGUUCCUCCAGGCUGUAAAUGAUGACCAGUCGACUUCGAGGCUCUGUGAGGACUGCGCUGACAGUGCCACGUGUGGACAUCCUCAGCAUGCCAGCACUGACAGUGCCACAUGUGGAUGCCCUCAGUGUGCCAGCACUGACAGUGUCACGUGUGGAUACCCUCAGCGUGCCAUCACUGACAGUGCCACGUGUGGACACCCUCAGCAUGCCAUCACUGACAGUGCCACGUGUGGACACCCUCAGCAUGCCAUCACUGACAGUGCCACGUGUGGACACCCUCAGAAUACCAGUAAUGAGGGCGUCCCGGGCGUCUUGUAUAAAGGUUCACUGGAUAGCGACCGUGAAGACUCCAAGGAUGAUGGCUGCCAGAGUGCCAGAUGUGAAGUUCUUCAGGAUGUCACAGAAGAGGCGUGUGUGAUGGGAGGGCAGCAUCAGUCAGAGGCGUCAGAGCAGAAACAGCCAGACACGUCACGAAGGCCCGACAGCAGCUCGACGGGAGAUCUUCCUGACGGUGUACUGGACGUUCCUCAGCAGACUCCGAGCAAAACUAAGCUCUCCUCUGCCCCCGUCUAUCGUCGCCGCCCACACACUGCGCCCCACGCUGCCCACCACGCCCAUACUGUAGCCACCAAGUGGCUCUCCAGGCAGAGCUCGCGAUCUGGGCGAGGUUCACUUCUGCCCUCACACACCCAACAAGCCUCAAGAGGCGGCGUGGCACUGUGUCUAAGCCCACAGGGACGCAGGAACGGGGAGGCACUGAUCCGCUUCAUCUCCCCAGAGCACAGAGACAUGGCGCUCAAGAGACACAAGCACCAUAUCGGCAACCGCUACAUCGAGGUGUACAAGGCUACGGGAGAAGACUUCAUCAAUGUCGCCGGCGAUUUGUUUUCUUUCCUAGGCAGCAACAAUGAGGCCCAGACCUUCCUGUCCAGAGGAGGUCAGGUCAUCAUCAGGAUGAGAGGGCUUCCCUACGACUGUACUCCCAAGCAAGUGGUGGAGUUCUUCGAGUCUGGUGAGAACGGGUGUCAGAUUCUGGACAGUGAGGAUGGUGUGCUCUUCGUUAGGAAACCUGAUGGGCGGGCCACCGGGGACGCCUUCGUGCUCUUCAGCUCGGAGGAAGACAGCACCCGGGCGCUGGGCAAGCACAGGGAGAUCAUCGGCUCAAGAUACAUCGAACUCUUCCGCUCGACCACAGCGGAGGUGCAACAGGUGCUAAAUCGUUCCAUGGAUCCUCGGACUUACGAGCAACAGCAGCCUCUUAUUGCGCAACUUCCUCAAGUGCCACUCUUACCUCAACAAAUUAUUACUUCUGGAACCCGGAAAGAUUGUAUACGCCUUAGAGGGCUACCGUUCGAGGCCCAAGUGGAGCAUAUCCUUGAAUUCUUAGGAGAACUUGCGAAGAGCAUUGUUUAUCAAGGAGUCCAUAUGGUAUACAAUGCACAUGGUCAGCCAAGUGGGGAAGCAUUCAUUCAGAUGGAUAGUGAACACUCUGCAUUUCUUGCUGCCCAGCAGAGGCAUCAUCGUUACAUGAUCUUUGGAAAAAAGCAGCGUUAUAUAGAAGUUUUUCAAUGUUCAGGGGAAGAUAUGAAUAUGGUGCUGACUGGCGGUCUCCCAGCCCAGCGACCCGUCGUGUCCCCGGGACCCUCCUUGAUCCCCUACCCCCCUACAGGAGGCACUGUGAUUGCACCUCCCUUUGGUGCAUUUCCACUGGGGCCUGCUCCUCCAGUGUUGAAUGCUGUUGGUGCUGUAACUCCCCGUCUGCCAACGUAUCCAGGAGUGGCAUAUCCAACUAUGUUCUACUGGCCAUAUCCUUCACCACCCGUAUCUCCGAGUUCUCCAUAUUAUGGUUCUCCCCCACACCUUGCUACACCUGCUACACCCCCACAUCACACCAUAGUGAUGAGGUUGUCACCCUACGCAGCAGGAAACAGUAGUAAUAGCACCAGAGUGUUUGCCCAUUCAAGCAAGUGGUGACACAUCGCGGCACAACGGCGAGGCAGUGGCCACUAUGUGAAACGCUGGAAUGUCAUUCAUUGAAGUUGCCCUUUGAACAUUUUGCUUGAACCUCAGCAUCUCUGAAAUGAUUCAAGAUUAUCAUGUGUUCAGUGUGACCAAAACUAUUUUAAAGGAAAAGUUACAUUUGCUGUUCUUCCUGUGUGAGGAAGACUUACUGGUAAUGUAUCAGUUCUAUAAUUUACUGUAUAUCAUUCAAGAAUAUAAAACAGUUUGAUCCAAUGACCAAAAGCAUCAUUAAACAUUAAAAAAAUAAUGAAUUUUAUCAAUUUUAUUACAACUGAGGUCUUAAUAUAAAAGUACCGUAAUGAGGUUCACCAAGACUGUUUAAGAGUGAAUGACUCUACAUAGAGGAGUUAAAACAUGUAUUAAUGUAUAUAUUUAAAAGAAAUUUAAUACCAAAUAGAAGAGCAAUUGAAAAUGUGUGAUGUAUCGGAAUACCAACCACCCCUUAUGGUCCUUAAUCCUCGCAGGAAAUUAUAAUGCACAAGAAUAAAUAGGCCUCCAUACAUACUGCCAGUUAUCAGAAAAUCCUCUUCAGUGUUAUAAUUUUGCCUAAUGAUUUAUUAAUUUAGAAAGUUUAUAAUUGAUAUGAACUUUUGAAACAAAUUUUUUUUUGCUUUUUCUCUAGGUUGUGUAAUUCAUUUUCCUUAGAUUAAGGAGCUUGUUGCAAAAGCCUGAUGGCUGCAACUCAUGUGACAACAAGUAUCACAAAGUCUUCCAGUACAUUUUUUAAGUCAAUUUUAUGUAAACUCACCUACACAGGUGCUCAUGAUAUGAGUUGACAGUAAAUAAUGUAGCAUAAAUGCAAAUGCUAUUAUCCUUAUAGAUUUUAAGUUUUCUACCUUAAUUUUUACUUCUUUGUUACUCAAUGUGCAUUCCAAGUGCCUUAUUGAAGUUGUAGGUUAUAUUGAGCAUUGCUUACUACAAACCGCCGUCAAUAUUACAGUGUAAUGUUGUAGCCUCUCGCCACUGUCAAUACUACAGUGUGAUGCUGUAGCCCCUCAAUUUUAAGAUAUCCUGCAACGAACCAAACUUCACUAUGGUUAUAUUUCAAUCAGUAAGAGCAAAGAUAUGUACAAAAUGUGUGUAAUCUGCUGUGUUGAGGUACAGGUAACCGUCAUGGAUAGCAGAUGUGACUGUUUCAAGUUAUCUUGGUGGUACCAAGUCCCGAGUUGACAGGUUAAAUAAUAUAGUGAAGGUGUAUUGGGAAGAAGCAGUGUUCCUGUCACAAGGGUGGGGGGAGGAUUUGCCACUGAUUUUGUUACUGUAAGGUUUAUAACAUCUUGAGCAAUGAAUAAUUAAUCAAAAAAUUAUCAAUUUUGAUAUGCCUUUACUCAUUAUCAUAUGAAAAGCUUGUGAGAAUUUUUUCCUCUAAUUUUGUCAAGUUUGUAUCUUUUGCAUAGAAUGUAAAGCAGGCAGACAGUCCAAUUUACAACCGACUAUUUCAAGUCAUAUAAAGUAAGUUGCAAUGAAAAUGGAAUAGGUUAUAGCUUUGCAGUUACUGAUCUCUCCCGUUUUUCCAGUGGUAAUGCUCGCCCACCCUUGUUGCCCAACCUGAUACACUGAUAACCCCACAAAUCAUACUGGCAGACUGUAUAUAGUGUUACCUGUUGGGUGCUUUCAUUUUAAAGUUACCAUUUUUUGUCAAGUGGCAAAUACAAACGUAGUGGAAGUUCCAUAGGACUAUCCUUUGGCUUGCUGGGCAGAGAUAAAAACUAAGUCUUGAAUUCCCAUUUUUCAGAAAGUAUGGUAAUAACUGCUCUUGCCACAAUAUCCACCAAGAAAGUUUUUCCGUUUCAUAAUUAGUGUGUUUCAACAUUUUUCCUUUUAUCUCUGUAUUAUGCAGCAGCUAUCAAUAGUAAAAACCAACCAUUUACCCUUGUCGUAAAUCAGGGUCUAAUGGCUGCUAAUAUAGUUUAUUUUCAUGUACUACAGUACACUUCUAACAUUUGUUAUAAUUUUUAGUUGUUAUUUAUUAUUAUUUUACAUUUCUAUUGAUUAUUCUGUAAUUCUUCAUAAGGUAGAAGUGUCUACAUGUAGACAGGGUGCUCCACACAACACAGUGAAGUCCUGUUAGUAACUGUAAUGUGAGUUGUUAAGUUAGUCCUUCAUAACAUUAUGGGGACUUUAACUUGUUAAAUGUUUUUUCAAAUUUUGUAGUUUAUUAUUACAGUAUAGCUAUUAAGUGGCCCAUACUUUCAAAGUACAGGGCUGCAUUUUGCGUGCUGCAGUUUAUCAGUUUCUUGUUCUUCGUACCCUAGUCGUGACAGCGUGAGUAGUGAGCCGCUAUGGUGCUCAAGCCACUCUCAACCUAAUGCUCAGGCAGCCACGUGCACCACAUUUCUAAAUACUGUAUAGUAUUUAACCUCUUCAAAAUAGCCUAUAUUCUAAUGCCUUCAUUUAUAUCUGAAAGGAGGUAUUAAUGCCAUAGCCUCAAAUCUAUUAGUUGCUGCAUUUUAUUAUCGUAUUCACUAAAAGUUUAUUUAGAUAUUCAUACUGGUUACAUUCAAACUUGGAGACUUGCUUAUGUACAAAUAUAUCUACUUUAUAUUGCUGCUGCUCAUUCAAAGUGUCUUGAAAAGAAACUUUAUAUUAUAUUCAUUAAAGCACUCAACCCAUACAGGUCAUAUACUGUAGUGCCUUUAGAAUAGGAAGGGUGGGGGAUUACACCUUGAUCUGAGGAAAGGGAGGGUAACUGCAAUUCCUUGGAUCAAGCCUCCUCCACUAGUAGUAUCAAGGUUUCCACUUAAUUGGUCUUAAGAAUCAUUACUGUACUGAGAAUGAGCAGCAGUUGUGGUACUAAUACGAAAUGUUUUAUUAGAAUUUAUAAAAUGAGACAGCAGUAUCUUUCUGCAUUUAAUUUCAGGAUAUUAUUAUUAAAGAUUCACCUUAGUAAAUUCCUCUGGUUUGCUAGCCAUAAUAAUGAGCAAUGAUUAACAUUCACCAGCCAUGAGCAUAGGAUCUAGAAUUUGGGGCGAGACAUUGUAUUCAAUAUCUAGCAAGUAUUGCUUCAGGUUUGACAUUAGCAGGUGUGAUGUUCAGUAACAAAUGUUUGAGAAGGCAUCUUCUUUCAUCGCUUGUAUAUGAAGGGAGACCAAAAUGUCAGUGAAAAAGAGAUUAAAUCUUAACAUGGUGCAAUUGUAUCUAGUUGUUCAUCUUUGAACUAUCAGAUUUUUCCUAGUUUUUUUCCACAUCGCAUUAUAGUACUUAUUAAUGUGUAUUAUUUGCAGAGGUACAUAUACGUAUAAUUCAUGUUUUCUUUGUACUAGUAUACCAUGUGAUUUUCAUUCAGAUACAGGUACCUAUAACUUUUUUUAUCUAUUCUUAUGGAUAGAU